UCAUGUCGGCGGAAAUGGCAGCCGAUGCGGUGCUUGAGCGAAAGGCGCAGCAUCGACCUUUCCUUAUUGCUGUCAGCGGCGGGACCGCGAGCGGGAAGUCCUCGGUGUGUCAGAAAAUUGUUGAGUUGCUGGGCCAGAAUAAGGUGGACCAGCAGCAGAGACAAGUGGUGAUCCUGAGCCAGGACAGUUUCUACAAGGUGCUGACUGCAGAACAAAAAGCCAAGGCUAGUAAAGGGCAGUAUAACUUCGAUCAUCCAGAUGCUUUUGACAAUGAACUAAUUCUUCACACCUUGAAGGAUAUCGUCAAUGGCAAGACAGUCUCAAUUCCUGUUUAUGAUUUUAUUAAACACUCACGAAAGUCUGAGAUGGUGAAAGUUUAUCCAGCGGAUGUGGUCCUCUUCGAGGGAAUCCUAGUUUUCUAUUCCCAAGAGAUUAGGGACUUGUUCCAAAUGAAACUUUUUGUGGACACAGAUGCGGAUACCCGGCUAUCCCGAAGAGUGUUGAGAGACAUCAGUGAGAGAGGGAGGGACCUGGAGCAAAUCCUGACACAGUACACCACAUUUGUAAAACCAGCCUUUGAGGAGUUCUGUCUUCCGACCAAGAAAUAUGCAGAUGUCAUCAUCCCCAGAGGAGUGGAAAAUCUGGUUGCCAUAAACCUGAUUGUGCAGCACAUUCAAGACAUCCUGACUGGUGGGCUGACCAAACGCAAUAGCUGUGUGAAUGGACACACUGUGCCCCGAAUUCGACAUACGUCAGAGUCUAGCUCACGCCCACAUUGACCCGAAGAACAGACCGGGGCAGGGUCAGUAUUGUUCAGCUCCUGAGUCAUAGGCUGGACUCGGUGUGUGGAUGACCAAACUUCUUCAUCUCUCCUUACAGAGAACUCAUUUAACCAGGGGUCCCUGGUUCUGUCUCACCAUAUGCAUCUGAUGGAAUUGAUUUUAUAGGAGCCGGUGUCCUUUUGUACAAUAAUAUUUUCAGUGUGUACCCAGAGUCAGCACUGAAUGUCUCUGACAGCAGUGAGUGGACAUUGGUCCCAUGACUAUGCUGUGUUGCACUUUCUAGUAUUUUGUCUCGUGUGGUUGGGGUUGGUAAGUGGGACUGUCAUGCAAAGCAACCCCUCUCCUCCCUCACUUACAUUGCUUGGGAUUUUGAUAUUCCCUCCCCUUAUUGAUAACCUUAACCCACUUCCCUCUGAGUAACUCCACAAGGUCUCUGCCUGAAGAUGGCUCUUCAUUAUUCCCGAUUUAUUUUCUCCCCCCGCCCCCCCCCCCACCCAAAAAAAAACUUGGUGGUUGAGACUCUGCAUUGCAAUCACAGCUUUUGUUAAUUUUCAAACCUGAAUUGAUAUCAGUAUUCACUGAAAAAACUGCUGUCUCAUCUGCUCUAAUCUGUACAGCAAUGAUAUUACUGUCAGUGUCAGCUUCAAUUUUCUGCAUGACCUGGUUUCAUCCCUUUGUCGGCUGAUUGCACUACCUGGGCUGUCCUGCCUUGUCUUUUAUGUGGUGUCUGCUGCUACUACAACUAUAGUUUCACUGCCAAGUGAAGUUUAUUCCCUUUAAUUCACCUCUAUUUAUAUCUAAAUACAAUGAGAAAUAACACCAAUAUUGACAGUCAAGAAAUAUAAUUAUAACAUUAGUGAUUACACUGUAGAAAUGAAUUAUUGGGAGGUCCUAAAGUUGUGAUUGGCACCACUUUAUAAGCCUUUUUUUAAUGUUGCUACUGAUCAAGUCAGGAAGAGGAGGAACCCGGUCUACAGUUCAGUGAGACCACAGUUGAUCUAUACGUUGGUUCCAUAUCCUUUAGGCUCCUGAUAGCAAAAUGCUCUUGAUCUCCAAUUUAAAAUUUGACAAUUGCACUUGCAUCUAUUACUUUUAUGUGAAAGAGCUUCACUUUUAUUUUGUUUAUGUGACGAAGUGUUUCAUAAGAUUUUGUUUUCUUCUUCUGACCUGGCUCUGAUUUUUAUUUUUAUUUUUUGGUUUUGUUAGCAGAAAAUCUUUACUUUUAUCUAGCUUGACAAUUUAAAUAUCAUCAAAUUUUCAUAUCGUCAUACAGCACAGAAACAGACCUUUCAGUCUAAGUAAUCCAUACCGAUCGUAAUCGAAGACGAGACUAAUCCCACCUGCCUGUGCUUGGCCCAUAUCCCUCUAAACAUUUGUUAUUCAUGAACUUACCCCAAAUGUCUUUCAAACGUUGUAACUGUGCCCAUAUCCACCACUUCCUCAGGAAAUUCACUUCACACACAUACCACACACUGUGCAAAAUGUCUCCUAGUCUUGAAAUCCCCCAUCCUGGGGAAAAGACACCUUUUUUUUUCUCCUGUUACUGUCUAUAAUCCAUGGAAUACAAGCCUUUCUUAAUGUAAUUUCUCAUGAUCUAACCCUUAGAAGUCUAACAUCAUUUUGCUCAGUCUGUGCUGUUAUGGGGCGUUGUAUCUUUUUUUGUUUUGUGGUGACAAACUUGUCUUCUCUGAGAAAUUCCAGCACCACCAUUCCCUCACUCCCAUUCAGUCCAAGUACAUUUUAAUUUCAGUCACCUCAUUAACCUCCUUCACCCAAUGAAGGUGAUUAGGAGUGUAGGAGAGAUCAUGGUUCAGCCCAGCACUUCUCAUCAAGGGCUCAUUGAGCAUUGGGCAGGAGCAAUUGCUGAUUUACAAUUUCUCGACCAAGACUGUCUCAAAUGUUUAUGAUUCCAGGUGCUUGAUGUAGUCAUUGAAUAAAAAGUAGUGAUUUUUGAUCAUA